UGUUGUCUAUAAAAGGUAACCACGUCAAAUGAAUGCUGGAAGUACCUAUACAUUAUAUUAGAGUGUAUACAGACGGCUGACUUUCUCCGAAUAAUCAGCGAGGAAUAGAGUGCAUUCACGGAAACAGGAAGGAAAACAACAACGCUUGAUUGGUGUUUCAUUUAAGACGAAAUCCACCUUUCUUGGUGGGCUUACUUACUAAUAUAACACAAGUACAGAUAGACGAGUGUGAUUUAAACUGGACUGUUUAAUUAAAAUAAAUCCAUAAAAAAAGAUGCAAGCGGGAACAAAUCGGGUACAGAAGGUUGGAAUUGCCUACGAAGUAGAGAGGAAACUGGAACAAAAUUAUGACCGCGAAGAGGCAGCCGGUACCCCCCAAGCCGUCAUUUCCUGGAUGAAUUCAAUUUGCGAAGGGGAGCAUGACCCAAUUCCAAAACCUGAAGGAUCUGAGCCCGAAUGGAAAGUCUUCAAUACACACAUUAGAGACGGUGUUAUGUUGUGCAAAUUGAUAAACAAGUUGUUGAAGGCUGACGGAAAAAGCCCAAUUCAGUUCCAAAAGAAGGUUAUGUCCCCAUUUGUCGCCAUGACAAAUAUCGAGAACUUUAACAAAGGCUGUAUGGAUUAUGGUAUGGCAAAAGAGUUUACUUUCCAAUCAGGCGACUUAUGGGAACUUAGAAAAGCCGGAUUCUUCAAUGUUUUGAACUGUCUGCACAGUUUAGGGUUUGUUGCAAAUGGAAAGAAUGUUCAACCGGAAUACAAAGGGGAACUAUCAAAGACUGUUGAUAGAGAAUAGGCUGAACUGAUGUCUUUGUUCAGAUCAAAUAUCAUAUUCACGUAUUGUUCAAACAUUUCAGUGCAUUCAUUCAACUUUGUUACUGGUUCGAAAAAUAUCGUCGGUUGAAUAAUUUCGAAUAAAAAACUUUCUGUGUUGUAGAAACGGACAAAAUAACAACACAUUCAUUGUGCUUUUAAUGGGUAUUUCUAUUAUUCACCUAAAUGGUGUACAUCUUGUUGCUUUCUGGAGGUUGAACAAUAAUUAAAUCAAUUAAAUGGCACGUGAACGGCGAACACCGUACACUUUAUAAUUAUAAAAAUUGUUCGUAUAAUAUUUAAAUAUUAAUUCAUAUACUUUGCUUAUUUCUUACUUUAGUCAAAAACCUUUUAUUCUUUGUUUUGCAUAGUCAAAAACGUUGCUUGUAAAAUAAAAAAAAUAAAUCUUGUUCUACACUGUUUAUUUUGUUAGAGGUAUAUGCGUCUUAAUGCAAGUCUGACUAGACCACCUUUGAAAAUAAGAACUUUGUUAUUUAUUGGACCAUAAGCGCGUUAUUUAUGCCAGAUAUUUAAAAUAUCAAAUCAAAAUGUCUUUGUCUGUUUGAUCAUACAGUGCACCGUUUUACUGCCGCCUUGCAGCUCGCGAAUUAUCAUGAUUUUUCUUUUGCAUGCUGAGGGUUAAAUCUUUUUUUAUGCUAAUAAAAUACAAAUUCAUAAUGCAUAACAUAUUCAAGAAAAUAAAAAGGCACAAAAACAUAUUGUCUUUGUUAGGCGAAUGUUUUUCUAUGUUUUAAUUUUUUGCCAAAUGUUAAUUUACUUGAUGACUUCUGCACUUUAUAAAGUUUGUUUGCAAAUGAGAAAGUAAUAGCUCAGAUUAAGAUUAUCAAAUCCAUACUUAAAAGCGAAGUCAAAUAUUGAAAUAAAAAAAAGAACAAAAAAAAACAAAAAAAAACUGCGUGUUCACUCUCUCACAAUCCUAAGCGUUUUCAUAAUCAUAUAUUGUUUAUGUUGGAAAUAUAAGAACAACGACUUUAUUGUGUGUGCUAAUCGUUUUGAUCGUGUGUCCAUAUGUAGCCGACGGGUAAUUCAAAGAAGGCAUAGAGACAGGAAGGCAAACUCAAAAAGUUACAUGCCAGCAUAUACAGGGGAAAUAUCCAAAAGCAUUGACAGGGAGUGAGUCACGUGCCUUUAAAUGAUCAUGUGGUCUUCAUUCAUCGAGUGACAUAAUCAUUUUGUUAAUUUUAUUGUAUUGCGCAAUGAACGUUUAAAUUGUUGUAAUAAUUUAAGAGGAAAAUAGAUUCGUAAGCAGUACUCAAAGAAGAACAUUUGAAAUUCAUACAGAUUUUUAAUAAAAAGGACGAAAGAAAAAUCACGUUUGCAGGUCAAUUUCACUUUUAUCACCAUUUUUAACUGUGUACCUAAUAUCGAAUUAUGAAAUAAAUUUUUCGCAGUUUCUUAGACUGCUUUGUCAUGUGCGUCAUGCGCCACAGUUCUAUUUUAAAACUACUUACUUGACUUGUUUUCCUUUAACAUGCAGUUAUUGCUCCUGUAAUUGCUUUAUCUAUUUUGGUCAACCGAUCUUUUUCUGUCAUGUAAUUUAAAAAUGCUUGUAAAUUAAAUAAUGUCAUUACGUUA